AUGCAAGGCAAGAUAGCAAUAAUAAAGUACAUUUCUCAGAAGAUCACCAUUUCUAUUCUACAUCUUUUCAGAUAUUUCAUCUAUCAAGAUAAUGUUCUUGGCCUUCUCUUCAUGACUGUUGAGUACAUUACUGGCAAGACUCUUUAUGAAAUUGAUGUGCUGUGCCUUUCAGAUGAGCUGAGGUUGCAUCUGCUCAACCAGCUUGCUGACAUCUAUAUUCAACUUUAUCACCAGCAAUUUGAUCACAUCAGGGCUUUCAUACUUGAUGGCAAUAAUGAAAAUUUUAUAGUACAGGCUUCCUGCUUUGAGCAAGCUACAAUAGAAAGAGAAGACAGAUACUAUAACCCAGAGAAGAGGUAUAAAUAUACUCUUUCUAUAGCUCAACACUUGACAACAAACCUCCUGCCAAAGAAGAUGUUUAUCGCGUACACACUCUUGAAACCAUGCUAUUUGGGGAAUGUCUACUGGAACCUGUUAGAUCAGGCAUACUAUGGUGAAGACAGCAGCAAGAGAGUAAAGAACUUCUUCAAGCUUCCUCUGCAGAAGCCACUAGUGGAAGAACUACAGAAAAAAAUAUCCAAAUUUGAGGCUUUCAAGCAGGAAUUGGAAGCAGCAGGAUUAGAACCAAUUGCACCCGAGCUAGCCAAACUGAAGAAACAAGACCUCCCAUCUGUGAAACAUGAGCCCGCUGCUCUACAGUAA